UGGGCGACUCCAAACACUGCACACCCGUGAGAGCAAAUACAAUCUCUCCCUCAGCGUGAAGAUCGUCCCUUUUCAGCGCAGAACAUGAAUAAGCUAUACAUUGGCAACGUGAGCGCUGAGACGAGCGAGGAGGACCUCGAAAGUAUCUUUGUGCAAUGGAAGAUUCCGCACAAUAGUCCGUUUCUUGUCAAAACUGGGUAUGCGUUUGUGGAUUGCCCGGACGAGAAAGCUGCAAUGAAGGCCAUCGAUGUUCUUUCAGGUAAAGUUGAACUUCAUGGGAAACUUCUCGACGUGGAGCACUCUGUCCCUAAACGUCAAAGGAGCUGUAAGCUGCAGAUCAGGAACAUCCCGCCUCACAUGCAGUGGGAGGUUUUGGAUGGUAUGCUUGCUCAGUAUGGUCCAGUAGAGAGCUGUGAACAAGUAAACACUGACACAGAGACUGCAGUCGUCAACGUUCGAUAUGCAGCCAAGGACCAGGCCAAGCUGGCACUAGAGAAGCUGAAUGGAUCUAUGAUGGAGAACUUCGCCUUAAAAGUGUCGUUUAUCCCAGAUGAGACGGCUGCGCCAGAGGGUCCUUCAGCGGGGGGCAGGAGAGGCUACGUCGCCCGUGGAAACUCUCGCUCUGACUCUCCAAGUCUGGGCGCCCGGCCCAAAAUGCAGUCGGACAUCCCGCUGCGCAUACUGGUUCCCACGCAGUUUGUAGGGGCAAUUAUCGGCAAGGAAGGUGCCACUAUCCGCAACAUCACCAAACAGACCCAUUCAAAGAUUGACAUCCAUAGGAAAGAAAAUGCUGGUGCAGCAGAGAAGCCCAUCACGAUUCACUCCACCCCUGAAGGUUGUUCGAACGCUUGUACAACGAUCAUGGAGAUCAUGCAGAAGGAAGCCCUCGACACAAAGUUCACUGAGGAGAUCCCACUGAAAAUACUUGCACACAACAACUUCGUAGGAAGGUUAAUUGGAAAGGAAGGACGCAACCUGAAGAAAAUCGAGCAGGACACAGAGACCAAGAUCACAAUCUCAGCUCUCCAGGACUUGACUGUGUACAACCCAGAGCGGACCAUCACAGUGAAGGGCACCAUCGAAGCGUGUGCAAGAGCCGAGGAGGAGCUGAUGAAGAAGAUUAGGGAAUCGUAUGACAGUGACAUGGCUGCUAUGAAUCUCCAGUCCAACCUGAUUCCGGGCUUGAAUCUGAACGCUUUGGGUUUGUUCCCGAGUGGAGCCCCAGGCAUGGGCCACUCCAUGUCCGGCAUGCCACCUCCAGGAGCCCACGGUGGAUGCUCAUCAUUUGGGCAGGGACACCCGGAGUCGGAGACGGUUCACCUGUUCAUCCCUGCUCUCGCGGUUGGCGCCAUCAUUGGAAAACAGGGUCAACACAUCAAGCAGCUGUCACACUUUGCCGGAGCCUCAAUCAAGAUCGCCCCUGCAGAAGAAGUGGGUUCCACACCCCAGAGGAGGGUCACCAUCGCUGGACCGCCAGAAGCUCAGUUUAAGGCUCAGUGUCGCAUCUUCGGAAAGCUGAAGGAAGAGAAUUUCUUUGGACCCAAGGAAGAAGUGAAGCUGGAGGCUCACAUCAAGGUUCCUUCCUUUGCCGCUGGACGAGUCAUCGGGAAAGGUGGAAAAACGGUAAACGAGCUGCAGAACCUGACCUGUGCAGAGGUGGUGGUGCCCAGGGACCAGACGCCUGAUGAGAACGACCAGGUCAUCGUGAAGAUCAGUGGACACUUCUUUGCAUGCCAGCUGGCUCAGAGAAAGAUCCAGGAGAUCCUUGCCCAGGUGAAAAGGCAGCAGCAGUCUAAAUCCACAUCUGGAGGCCCGCCUCCUCAGCCCCGCAGGAAGUAAAGCUCCAGCGGUCCUGGAGGAAUGGUGACUGAAUCAGCCGGAAGUCUCG